CCGAAAUACAGACGGGAAUCUGCUUUAUCAGUAAAAUCUAUAACCCCAUUAAUUGAUACCUAUAUACUUCUUCCUCAAUACACUUCAUAAAGUUUGUUCUAACGUACUUAGUUAUUUACACUUUGAUAUCGCUUAAGUCAACAGUGUCGUAAUUUUCUGUAGUUUAACAAUUUAGUGAUACUAUCAGUAGUGUAAUAACUCUAACUGUAGAGAUGAGUGUUAGUCAAAAUUAUUUUGCGCCAUCUAUAUUUUUAAAUCAUGGCGGCGGACCACUUCCUGUUUUGGGUGAAAAGCAUAAUCUCGAAAUCGCGCAAUCUCUUAAAAAUGUUUCUCGAAUUGUUGAUUUGAAACAUUUAAAAGCUAUAAUUCUGGUCACCGCUCACCGUGAAGAAGAUGUUGUGACGAUUUCUGCUGGUGAACAUCAUGAUUUAUUAUACGAUUACAGCAAUUACCCGCCAGUAAGUUACACGUAUAAAUACAAUGCUCCCGGUGACCCCAUUUUGGCUGGAAAAAUUAGGGAUGCGUUCGAAAAAGCUAAUAUAUCAUCGAAGUUGGACACCGAAAGAGGUUGGGACCAUGGAGUUUUUAUUCCGAUGAUGUUAAUUAACCCAAGUGCAGAUAUUCCUAUAAUUCAACUUUCCAUUCUUAAAAAUCAAGACGCAGAGCAACAUUAUAAAAUCGGAGAAGUGCUGUAUCAAUUCCGUAAAGAGGGAGUAGCGAUUUUUGGAUCCGGUUUGUCUUAUCACAACAUGAAAGAGUUCAGAAAAUUCAAUUCUGCCGAAGAUGUUGAUGGUAUUGUCAAUCAGAAUUUCGAUAAUUUCUUGAAUGAAGUGUGCACUGGUGAUCUUGAAAAUCGUAAGAAAAUUUUGGAAUGGCAGAACCAACCGGAAGCCUUGGAAUGUCAUCCAUUAGGAGAAGCAGAUCAUUUAAUGCCCUUGAUAGUAACCGCUGGAGCCGGUGGCUCGCAACCCGGGAAGAAGAUUUUUGAUUCUAUUUACCGUGACAAAUUUAAAAUUACUGGCUACAUUUGGGACAAAAAAUAAUUUUUCCUGAUUUGAAUGAAUUAAUACUUAUGUAUGAGUGUAACAUUGUAACAAUUGUUUUUUUUAUUGUAUAUGUAUUUUGUAUUAAUAAAUUACAUGAUAAUUACACAUACUGGAUACAUGAAGAUCGCUGACAUCGCUUAGCAACUAGGUAUUAACUAAACAGUGCAACAUGGGGUAAUGCCAACGCUGCGGAACUUGAGCACCGUCAACGCCGCCGACUCCGCGGAACGUGCAAGCUGCCGCCGCGUGACCACUAUCGGAGUCGCCCGCGGGGACGUCAUCGCCUUCACUUUGUAUCUAGCAU